UUCGCGUAAAACACAAGAGGCAACGUUUUAACUUUUUCGCGUAAGCUCCGCCGCAUCCGAAUCAAAUAUGAUCCAACGCUCAAAGCUGGCCUCUUUAUAUUCUAACCCCGUUCUCCGUAUUUCAUCAACUUCGUUCUCCGUGUUUCAUCUACUUCGUUAUCCGUGGAAUUCGUGAUUCAUCACUUCCUACCCAACAACACUCAGUCUCAUAACCCACAAUGCCUGAUCCGAAACAACUUUCGGAGUGUCUAGCUGCUGUCACUCUCUCACCCAACCCUCUUGAUGAUCUAUUCGACCCCACCAAAACUCCCCAAGACUUUUUAGCCUUUAAAGACCCCGAUUCCCGAGCAUAUAUCAGAUCCAGGCUUGUCACGCCUGAAACUGUGGCUCGCCUUUUGGCUGUACUCUACCGCAGCGGCGACACGGGGCGUGCCCUCGCCAUGUUGCUUGACAGCAACGAUACCGUUUUGACAGACCGGUUUUUGAGCGUCAUCAAGGCACAGCUCAAAGUGCUAGCCAAAGAAACCACCUGCGACACAGAAUGGUGCAACCAGCUUGUGUUCUACCUUGCGGUGCUUCUUGUGCUUGCCAGCCUCCGCGCUUUCCGCGUGCAGUUUCUCACCUUGAUCCUCCCGUUCGCCACGUGCGGCAAAGCUGCGGACCGUAAACGUAUCCACUCACAUCUCGCAAUUCUCGUAGCAACCUUCAGCGAUCUCACCGCUGAAUUGCCUAAUGAAACCCAUCUUGAGGUGCAACAGCACUUGGAACUCCUCAUCGAGAACUCUGCGGAAUCGUUCGCGGACUUUUCGCAGCUUAUCACGCUUCUCGGCAUACUCUUCCCAGUGCUUCCCGAGCCCUGCCGUGGAAUCUUCCUUUCUGGCCUGUUCCAAGCUGUGAUCCAGCACUACUACACGGGUAAAGCCAGCAUUGCUGAAUCCUCCCACAAGCGCAUGUCGCUUGAUGUUUUGAGCUGCUUCUGUGAGGCGUGUGCGGACGAGAGCUGUCGCGAAGUCAUCUGCAGCUACAGCCCGGUGCUCUGGGACAUGACGGACAACGCUUUUCGCGAGAUCCGCAUCUUGGCGACGUUGAUCUUGGUCAAGAUCCAGAACGAGAGUCAGAAGCUAGAACAGGAGCGGGCGUUGAAGGGACAAAAGGUUGCGGGGAGGAUGGGCCAGUUAUACGAUAUGGCCAUCACAAAUGUCCAGGCCGAAACCGGAGACUACUUGGGCCCUGCCAACGAGACCCUUGCCUAUUUGACGUUGAUUCCACGGUAUAGAAAGCAGAUGCGUGGAAACGAGACAUUGUUGGAGUUUUGGAUGGGCUUGCUUGUUAAUGCGGUCAAGGAGACCUCUGUUCCUGAUUCGAGCCUUCUCUACGGGAUAGUCACGAUCCUUGAAAAGCUCUCAGACAUCCAGGAACCAGUAUCUGCGGACGGAAAGACCAAGCGGUUUAUGGAAGAGUAUGCCAAAAGAGCCCAGACUGGGGUUGAAGAGGAGCGCGAGGAGAGCACCGAACAGAUCUCAGCCUUUAACUCUGGCUUGCUUACCCGCCACCAGCUUGUAUCCAUCUUCACCGCCAACACGCUCAUGAGCAGGGAAUCCAUCUCUGCUGCUGCAAAGAACUCUGUUGCCAAGAUUGUCUACAACAUCGCAUGGCCCGUCGGUGAUAAGGCCACGAAGCACCAGAUCGUGAUCCAGGGCGGCUUGAACUUGCUUAUUGAGUACUUGCUGCUCUACAGUGACAUAAACGCAGAGGGUUUUACCAGGUCGGGAAGUAAUGCACGCGGGGACGCUCGGUUAUAUGCCUUGCGCGCCCUAGCGAAGGUUUUGAUCGCCAAUAACCCCCUCUUGGUCUUCAAGAAGUACGCUGUCUUGACCGUGGUUCCCUUCCUCGUGGAAUUGUUGGGCAGCUCUGACAGCGAAGAGCUCACUGCGUUGGAUGGCUACGAAGCCCUAUUAGCCUUGACAAAUCUCGCGUCCCUAGAUGAUAUGAGCUUAAAAAAUACUAUUGUCAAAAGAGCGUUUGGUCGGAUAUAUGAGUUACUCACAACCAGCCCAAAGGAAGAAAUGCAGACCGCGUGUUUAGAGUUGUUGAACAACGUGAUCACCUCGCCUGUGUGCUUGGAGCAUUUCUUCGAUCUCGAUACGCCAAAGACGGCGGACUCCCUGCGCGCCCGUUUGGACUACUUACUCCUCCAGGUGGACUCGGAGAACUCCAGGAUCCAAAGCAUUGUGUUGGGGUUGUUGAUCAACGCCUCCGAGUACGAGUUCAUUAGCAUGCUUCUCGCGGGAGAAGAAAAGCUUGCGCGCAAUCUCUUCAGCAUCCUCACCAUCCAGACGGAGGACCAGGACUUGGUCAUGAGAGUCAGCUACUUACUUGUGAACUUGGCACAAUCAGUCCAGUCGGACCAGGCAAAGUUGGCCAAGUUCAAGCGGAUCCUUGAACCGUGGAAACUGGAUAUUUCUGGUUGUAUCAAAGCCUACAGUAAGGACGAAGAGAUUGUUCGCAAUUUCCUUCUGGUCUGCCGUUCUUUGCAGCUCUAGACAACUAUUGUCGGGAAACGAGAGAAACCUUUGACGCAUUCAUUUGCAUGGAAUUAUAUUGAAGCAUCCACACCUAGCAUUGUUAUAGAGUAACAUCGUAUUUUAUGUACCCGUUUAAUAGAUUGUCAUACAUUAUUGGGUAGAUGCUUUUACUUGACACAAUAUUUUGAAU